ACAAGCUCCAUCACAGCUUUACCCCAGAGUACGGCACCACAUCAACUUACGAUGGAGUCUUUCAACGCCUCUCAGGGCGCCUUUCGCUCCCGCCGGUCCUACCCUUCGCUGAAUCACAUCUCGCUGGCACCGCUAACGCCCCGGUUCCCGCUCGACGACGAGGAGGGCGAGGCGGCGGACUAUUUUGCCUCGCGCAACGAGCAGCCGGUGGAAGAGCAGCGACAGCACCAGUAUCACGCGCGGACAUCGUAUCUGUCAAGUCUGUCAGUGCCCGGCACCCCGUCGCUGCUCUCUCAUUCCCGCGGUGGUUCUCCCACGCGCAGUCGGAGCCGCGCGCAGCUCCGACUCAGUGAAACGGAUUUACAGGCUGGUGAUUUUAUCUCGCCCCUUCAUCAUCAUCACCAUCAUAAUGGCCAUCAAUACCGGCAUCGCUCCGAAGGCUUAAAGAAGAAAAAGGGUCAGAAUAUCACCCGGCCGGAUCACGAUGAGAGAACUACGGCUGCCAACGACCCGGAAUGGAUGCUCCGGGCAGGGAUCGCUCUAGCGGCUUCCACGCGCGAGGAAAAGGGCCAGAGCUGGCUCGUGAAACGAGAGAGCUCGACGAGUCUCGUUUCCCAGACAGAGGAUGAUCAUCACUACGAGAAUCAACACCGCCCUCACCAUCGCCGUAGCACCGACAGGUCUCGGUCAGGCAUGUCGACGCCUGCUGCAUUCUCGCGUGGCGGUAGCCACAGAGGUAGCCGGGUGGACCUGGCGAUGACACCGCGGGACUUGACCAUAUCGACGACGGCGACGAGGUCGAGGGAUGGCCGGCUUAUUCUUCCGGACUUUGUCGACGAGGAGAUUCGAGCGGAGAUGGCGUCGGUUGAGCGCCGAUACGAUGACGAGGAAGGCUUAUACCUGGAAGAGUAUAAUUCUAUUGCAGACGUCGAGGAAGAGUCAUACGACACCGACGCUGGGAGCGAGGAAGCUGAGCUUGACGAGCGAGAGAUGCAGCGUCUGACGCACGAUCGGGGCUUUGGAUUGGGCCGUUGGAUUGAUCGUCUGGUGGAAUGGACCCUUUUUGGAGUCGACGACUGGCCGGCUGAGAGUGCCAUCCCGUCGGCGGCAGCAGACGACCCGUUUUUUGCUACAGGUGUGGACUCCCACUCCCGAGCCAUCCCAGAGGUAGUCGCCGACGACGCAAAUGGAGAUGAAGACCAUGUCAGCGAGGGAGAUGGAGACGACGAAGGCGGCAGCAUCGCAAGCGAGUCGGCCCCGGUGGGUGAGAUGGCUGGCGAGGAGGGCGGCUGGCAGGAUGCUGGCUGGCUGCUGCGAGUGGUGAAACGCACAAUGUUGACAUGACAUGGCAUCCUAUGGAGUAACUAUACGACGGAUAUCCGACCUCCGCUCGUACUCCGU